GCAAGUUUGAUAGAGUCGGGUUCUAUUGUAAAGGCAGUGGAUGCAUUCAAAGCUUCAAAGCAAGUGUUUGAAAGUCUCCAUGACCUGUAUGCAAAGUUUAAAACAGUCAUUCUACCGGAGACGAUCAAGAAUAUUCAGUCAGAAGAUGUUAGCUUAACUCAGCUGUUUGAAUCAAUAUCUGAGCUUUGUGAACAUCCAGACAUCCAUCUUGAAACGUCAUUACGUAAACUGGAUCAUGCUUUAUCCAGCACCUCACUUGGAAUGCAGAUUGAUGACUUGAGUAUCAAUGAGGAAAUGCUAACUUUGAGAAGUGCUUACAAUUGCCUGCUGCAGCCAUGUGAAGUGAAUACAGAUUCACAACAGCAAGACCUACAGCUGACCAUGGGUCAGACUCUGCUUACAGUCAUUAACGGCUUGUUUGAAAGUCUUGAAUUUAGUCUCAGCAAUUUUAUCAAUCAAUUAGAUGCUAUGAGCAUUCCUAGAGAAUGGCGGAAGCUUGAUGUCAUCCAAGAAGCAAGGGCUCUGCAGGUAAUCAAUAUCUCAAAAUUACUGGUUUCAGUGGUGGAUUGGGGAGGUGGGAGUAAGCAUCUUGGCCGGGCUCCCUAAAUUUUUCAAAAUUAUAAAAAUUAUGAAGAAAAAAAGAAAAUUAUAUUCAAAUAUAAGUCUGAGAGAGCCAUUUCCAGCCAUAUAGAGGUGUCAAAAUCAUAAUUUUUCUUGCUUCAACCCCAACCAUGGUAGGGCUGAGCCUGGGUGGACCCUCUGUCUAUCAAAGUUCCUCUCUGGGUCCCCUCUUUUGAAU